AUUUUAUUACUUUUACUACUACUAGUACUACUAUUAGCAUUGUUAUCCAUGGCAUCCGUCUGGACCCCACGCGCGGGCUUCAAGCUUCUCUUCAUCAAUGGUGGCCUCUUCUUUCACUCGACAUGUGUAGUAUUGGCACAAUUUUUAUCUACAUGGGUAGCAUUUUUAGCUCCAUCCUUUUACCUACGCUACAUCUCAUUUACUAUGCGCAUGUGGUCGCAAGGUCUCAUUGGGAUUGUCCAAUUAUUUGCCCCUAGCCCGCUAGUAAUUACUCUCGAUUCCUCAUGCUCCGGGGAGAAUGUAUUUAAACGGGAUUCAAAUGGAAAUGUCGUUGGGUUAUCUUUUCCAAAACGUAUCAUCGUUACAGCUAACCAUCAGAUUUAUGCUGAUUGGCUUUAUAUCUGGUGCGUGUCAUAUCUUGCCAGCGCUCACGGUGCCAUGAAAAUCGUAUUGAAAGACAGCUUGAAGAACCUGCCAAUUUACGGAAUGGGAAUGCAAUAUUUUGAUUUUAUCUUUUUGAGACGCAAAUUGGCAGACGACAAGGACACAAUUCAAGAUAAUUUGAAGCGUUCGAAAAAAGCUGGCCAGCCAAUGUGGCUUUUAUUAUUCCCAGAAGGCACUGUUAUAUCAAAGAAAAUGAGAAAUCGUUCUGAAGCAUAUGCCAAAAAGAAUGAUCUUAAAGAUAACCAAUACACGUUAUUACCCCGUUCGACUGGUCUCCGUUUAUCAACAGAGGCACUUGAUGAUAGUGUAGAAUGGCUAUAUGAUAUGACCCUGGGUUAUUCUGGUGUAGGUCCCAAUGAUAUUCCCGAGGAUGUUUAUACAAUUCAGGGCAUAUUUUUCUUUGGGAAGUCUCCCAAGAAGGUUCAUGUGCAUAUUAGGAGAUUCGCAGUAAAAACAAUUCCUAAAGAAGAAGAAGCUUAUGCAAAAUGGGUGCAGGAACGAUGGGUAGAAAAAGACGAAUUAAUGAGUCACUUUUACACUCACGGAAGUUUCCCAUCUCAAGAGAAUCAGACAGCUGAGAUUCCUAUCCGACUCAGACGACCAUUCCUGGAGCUCUUGCAGGUUUAUGUGUGCAUCUUACCCUAUAUCCCGCUAACAAUAAUGGCUUGGCCUGCUAUUAAGCAGUACUGUAAAAAAUACUUUUAAGCUGCCUGUAAUAUCUAUUUAUCAUUAAAUUUAUUAUCAUUUUACCAUU